AGUCUCUAAGAGUCCCACAGCACUUUCGGAUAUUCCACUUGAGUUAUCAUCUUUAAUUUUAAUUCACUCUCUCGCUGGUUUUUAAGUUCCUCAAAUAAUUAUAUUUUUAACAUAUAUAUAGAUGUUUCGUGGUAGAAUUAGUGCUUAAAAAAGGUGUCUUUCAGUCGAUUUUUUCAAGAGAGAAAAAAAAGUAAUAAGAAAUCAAAUUGAAAGCAUUGAAAGUGAAAUUUGAAGAUCUCUCAUUCGAGGAGUUCCUGGAGGUUUUUUCCCACAUUCACAAAAUUCUUUUUUUUUCUUUCUCUCAAAUUCCCGGAAUAAUGCCAAAAAGAAGUUCAUAAAUUUUUUUUUUCCUGGUUAAGUGAUCUAUUCUCUGAAAGUGUUAAAAAUAGUGGAGAUUUUCAUAUCAAUUUUCCCACAUUCUUCCUUCGAAUUUUUUUUCUGCUUUUCAUUCAGAGUAAAAAGAAUUUAUUGUAGUUCAACAGACUUGUGCCCCCAUGUUUAAAAAUUAAUCAGUGGGAAUUCCUUGAGAAAAUUUUCAAGAGAUAUUUUGCUUUAGCAACCACCGCUACAGAAAAUGUGUUCCGUUUGCCAGUAUCUGUUAUUAUUAGUAAUAAUGUGAGGUCUCUGAAGGAGAGUGAGAGAAAAAAAAAUAAUAAUAAGAAAGGCACGUUACUGAAGCACAGGGAAAAAUGUAAGCCAGCUGUGUGUCCUCAUUCACAUUAAUAGUGGAAGACGCGAUCAGGUGGAUGAUGACGAAAACGACAACGAGAUGAGUGGCAAGACGAAUGAAAUAACAGCCGAAUGGACAGUUCAUGCACAGCUUACAAUAAGUCAUCCUGGUGAUGGGACGUCUGGUGCGGAUGGUGGUGACCCAAAACCAGUGACUGUUGUUUACAAAUGGAGCUCUGAUGAUGCAAAAAAUGCCAUCGAAAAGAAUGGGAAUAGUACAGGGAAUGUUUCCUUUACAUCAUCAACAAAUCGACAAGAGGCUGAUGGACCAGAUAAAGUGCCACAGUGUAAAAGUACAUGCAGCAUUGUACUAUCCGCCUGUGCGGAUUUAUUUCCUAUAAAUGCUCAAAAUAAGUAUGACCCAAAUACGAAAAUCAACAUUGAUAGUGCACAAUUGGCACAUGAUGAGGGAUCAUCUGUGUCUAGAUUAAUUCCACUGAAGGAUGCAUUUUCACAGACCAGUGAUUGUGAAAUGCUCAAGAGAAGCAGUGUUGAGAAAAUAUCAUCACUGACAGAGAAGAAGAAUAAAACUUACGAUUAUCGCAGGAAAACAGAAUCGAUGCUUUCGCCACCACCGGCUCACAUGCCACAGACACCUGUUGACGAAGGGAAAGUUAAUUCGUCCCAGUAUGGCUUGUCACGUUCUCCAAAUCGAUACUCACCUUCGUACACAUCACCCACAUCCAGCAAGAGGGGUGGUGGGGCCAAAAAGCCCCCUAGAACUGUUCAUAUUGAUGUGUACUGUACGGCUUCAGAUGGAGAGAAUUCCAGCACGUCAUCCUCAUCGGUGUCAUCGGCAAAUCGUGAUCCUGUGGAGGAUGUCGAAUCCAAUUCCACGCCACAGACCGUGUAUGAGUCGCAGCAGAUGAAAUUGAUGCACAAGAGAGCGGGAAAAUUCGACAUGCCACGACGAAUGGGUGGAAGUCGUUCGGGAUUAGAAUCAUCGGGAAGUGGAACAAAGUUGAAUUUAGCAUCACUCAGCCGAGAGAAUGUCAGGCAAUUGUCGAGCAAAUCCAGCAUAGCGGAUGAGAUUAAUGAAUCGAAGCAAAUGCUAUUUGAUAAGCACUUGGGUGGAAGUAGCAGUGGAAGUAGAAUGUCUCUGCUGAGACAGAGACUGAUUAAAGAUACAAGUGAUGAUUGUCUAAGUUCAAAUUAUCCCAAUUCAUCCUACUCCACAUUCCGCGAUAUGACUGUGAGUAGCAUUUCGAGUGCACAGGCAUCAAGUUCGGCUCUCUUUGAGGAUAUCAUGGAGACAUCGUGGAAGGAAUCUGAUUUAGAGGCUAGUAUGUCCACACAUCCGCCCCAUGCAUCGUCAGUGGCUCAAUCUUCGGAUAGUUUUGAGUAUGACAAUGCCAAUGAUCGCAAUAGGAUCAAGCAGAUGGAGGAAUUGUGGCAGAGAAAGAGUACAUCGACGGAUAAAGUGUGGAAUUCACCACAAGCUGAGAGGAAAUUUCUGAUGCAGCAGCAAAGGAUGAAUGAGUUUAUGAAGCAGAAGGAGCAAGGGGAGAAGAUGAAACUUGUUCUAGGAGUACUGGAAACAGAUGAUUCAGAACAUUCGGGAAAUAUCUCAGAAUCCGAAAGGAGUUAUACGCCUUUAGUGGCUAAGAAUCUCUGUCCAAAUGUUAUGGUGGGCAUGGGGAUGUCUGUUAAGGAGCCCAGUCCAGCAUCAACGGCAAAAACCGUCCAAUCAACUAUACCAGAGGAUCAACAGAGGAGAGAAGCCUCUGAGCCUAAAGAUCUCUGGCCAGGUCUUAAGAAACCUCCACCGACUUUUUUGAACUUCACCCGCGAUUCUGAAAGUGCAUCGUCCUCCCUUGUUAGUCAUCUGUCUGGGUAUACUCAUGAGUACCUGGCCAAGGCGAGGAAAUUCGGAGCUGUUGUUGGAGCUCUCCGGAAACCAGGGCACCAUGUAGGUCCAGCUAAAAAUCCCGAAUGCCAAUGUGAACACUGCCGAAGAUGGAUGGCUGAGAGGGACAAGGGUAGAGGGAGAUCUACUUCCAUCUCUGAAAUUCCUCUGACAUUUGAGGGCUUCCGUACGAGAAGGAAUUAUAUUUGAAGAAAAAUAUUUUAACAUGCAUUUAACUCAUACAGAUUACUUGAAAGGGAGUGGUGUCCUUAGCAAGAUAAUGGCUAUUGGUAUCAAGUCCUAAGUUACUAGCAUAGUGGUUAUGGUAAAAAAUCUUGCGCAUAUUCAUCAGUUGACUUGAAGUUCGAUUUUUCAAUUUUUAAUCAAGAUAAAUUGAAUAUUUCGAAUUUGGAUUAACAAAUUGUUAAUUUUGCAAAAAAUGCGAAAUUGUUAUGCUUCCUUUUAGCGCCGUCUUUCCGCGGACUCUGUCCUUAGAAAAGCAGUAAAAAUAGUCCGGCUAGUAUCUUAAGUCCUUACUAAGUAUUUAAUAAGUUCUUAACUCAAUGACUUAAUUUUAAGGAGUUGGGGUCGUCUGAUACUUCAUCGUUGAAACGGGAUCUAGAUGGCCCAUAAUACUUCUGGAAACUGUCAAGAUUAGUGUGAAAUAUCACUGAAACCUUUGAGUUGAGUUGAUUUGAGUUGUAGGACACCCAACUACUUAAAAUAUAUCCGAAAAUUAGUCAAACGUCAGCGCUUUGUGGCAAAUAGGGAAAACAAUAUAGCAUGACUCAGUCUUAACAUUAAGUACUUAGUUAAGGUCUUUGUAAAAGUCCUAAAUUAAGAACUUUCGACUAAGUACUUUUUAAGUCGUUUAUUCCUCAAAUUACUUUGAUAUUUGUCUCAUUAUCACAAUUAACGCACCCUGUGUUUAAGGUAGCUUUAAGUGGUGCAGGACGAACUUUUGAAAUUCCUCUGCAAAGUUCCACUUGCCUGGAACAAAAAUCAUUAAGAUGAUGAUUGAGUUAAACUCCUGGAAUACAAGUUCGUGAGACUAAAAGGGAAUAAACAAUAGAGUUCAAUACUCUUUUGUUUACAUACUCCCGGAUUAUACUCCGGAACCAGGGAGAAGAUUUAUUGGAAUUUAGAAAUCUUUCACGUAGCCCAAACUCACGUAAAAGUUUAGACAAAAUAUCAAUUUUUUUUGUAAUUUACGUUCCAGGAUAGCAACAUAAUGUCACAACAAAAAAGAUUAAAUAAAAUUUAAUACACUUGUCAGAAACAUUCCGGAUAUAAAGCUACUGGGAGUAAAUUAAAGGCAUUGAAAUAAACUUACAAAAUCUAUAUUGACUCUGCAGAUUUCACUGCAAUUUGAACACAUAAUUAGUUGAUUACAUUUUAUCAAUUAAAUUAGCGUUUACCGUAACUUCAUUUUUACGAUUUUGAGAUAUAUACAUAUUUAGAAUCAGCGUAAUUUUGUUUAAUUAACGCACUUGACAAAAAGAAACUUUUAUAAGCCCAAUAAAAAUUAUUUUAAACACAAAUUAUUGUAAGUGCCCUUAAUUCAGAAAAAUUUAUCAGAAUUUGUCGUAACUUCCAUUUUUGGGGAAGUUACGAUAAAUUUCCAUACCAAAUUUUCAGUAAUCAGCAUUUGCCGUAUCUUCUUUUGCUCAUUUGCGUGGUUUGUAAUUUGUAGCAAAAAUGUAACAUUUCUCAAUAAAACGUUCACAAACUCUUCCAAAUAUCCAAAGUCGCUGCGAAUAAUGCACCGUGAAAUCAUUUUAAUUCAAUAUUUGUUAGAAAAAAGUAAAAAAAUCCCUACCCAUUUGUCGUUAAUUCAAAACAAAACAAGCGACACGGCGCACAAAAUUUAUUCAAUAAAAGUUACGAAAUAAAAGCUUUUAGUGAGAGGGAUAACAAUUUAAUUGCCUAAUUCAGUCAAAUAAAGGCGCUUAUUAUCACUAGAAUAAUUCAAAUUGAUAUAAUGCAUUUUAGAAAAUUGUCGUAACUUCCAAGAUUUCCAUACAUUCAAAGUUACGAUAAAAUCUUAUUGUGUUUCUUCCAACAUACAUCUAAAAAAUAUCUCAGCUUUUAAAUCAUUUUAUAAAGAUUUUCUCGAGCUAACUUACAAUUUAUUAGUGCCACUUUUAUUAUUUUGACUCAAAUGUAUCGCAUUCAGGGCUCAUUUUUAAGAAAAAUAAAGCUAAACUGAAAAUUUCGUCUCCUUAAAAGUUGUCAAAAGGAAGUUACGACAAAUGCUGAUUUAAUUGACGAUUUAUACAUCGCAUACUAUAGGGGAGACUGGGGCAAAAAGUCACAAAUCGAAAAUUUUAAAAUUCAAUAUCUUCCAAGAUAAAUAAGAUAGCGGCUUAAAAUUUUUUCUAUAGAUAGUCUACAUAGGUCUUUUUCAAUGUCGUAAGUUUGUUAGAAUUUGAACAAGGAAUUUAGAAAAUAAAAAAAAUAUCGAAAUUUUUAGCCCUAUUUUUGAAAUAUUUUCCUUGCAGAAGAUAUCAAUUAUUAGUUACUUAUAUUAAAUUUGAUGAACUGGUGAAUAUUUCCCAAAUUGCCUGUAGAUUCUUUGAAUACGAAUCCGAUAUCUAUUUUAGAAUUUUACAAAGAUUCUUUUCUGCAGAAAUCCUUUUAUUAAAAGUGGCCACUUGGGGUAAAAAGUAACAGAAGCUAUGGGGCAAAAAGUAACAAAAAACGAAACAAUUUCUGAUGUCUCACGGCGAGAAGAAACGUCAUUUCCAUGUCUCGCCGCAAAUCAACUGAUGAAUUUUGCAUUGAAAAUUUUUACAAUAACCUAUGAUUUUUGUUUCACAAUUUCAAAAUUGUAACUUCCCAAAAGAAAUAGCACAAGAAUUCCAUUUAUCACAAGUGAAUUGUUGUUACUUACCAAUGUUAUCACAUCAGAAUCAUUAAGAAAUAUAUUUUUAAAUUGAAA